UUUUCUUCUCUUUUUGUGAUAUUAGUUAAUUAUAUACAGUUCCCAGCCUUUUGCUGGUUUGUGUGAAUAGUAGUUAGGGUUCACAUGUAGACACAACUGUGAGUGUAACUAUUUUUUUAACAUACCGCUUGAAAGAAGAGAAGCUUUCUUUUUUGAUAAAGAUCAUAAAACAUCUGCAAGCUCAUCCUACCUAUUGUUUUAUAGUAAGAUUUUCUGUUUGAAGCUUUAAAAAGGAAGUUUGUUAUUAACACUUAGAGCUUUACCCGGAGCAUGCGCACAACACAGACACACACUGAAAACCUCAAGCUGUACAUGGUGUCACUGUCUAGGAGGUGUCGUGUAUGCAGUGUUCAAUAGAGAUUCUGUAACUGACAUGAGUACAGAGCCCUAGAGAGCUGACCAGCUGUGUAAAGGUUUUAAGUAGGUUCUUCCUAUUCAGUCUGAAAUAGCUUUUCAGACUUGGACGUGAAACACUCACUGCUCUGCCUUACAUACUGAGGUUCAAAUAUCAACGUUAUAAAUCUUGCUUAUAUUGCUACUUCAGCCUCUUGUAUAGAUUUCUGGUACACAGAGGUACAGAUUCUUCAUGGCUUCAAAGGCAAGAGUCUAGGCUGGGCUUUGUAAUGUCUUAAUUUCAGUCUCAAGACAGUUGUAAGCUUGAAAAUCCUAUUUAGGUGAAUGUGCAUGAUUCAGAUUGAGUUCUGGUCUCAAGCUGCAGAUGGUGGAUCUCUAUUUACUGUACAUCAAAUGAAUCCCUGGAUCAGGUGAUAUGACCUUCAGGAAUUGCAACAGAAUCUAGGUGACUUCCAGUUUCAGUAGAAUGGCAUUUUCUCUGUGGAAAGUUUGCGUGACUCUUUUGUACUCGGUUGCUUAUUGAUGCCAUCAAUAUCUGAAUAGCAAUUACAAAGUAAAAUGAAGUGUCUGAUGGGGGCACAAUGACUGCAGAAAUCUGAUAGAGAUUCAAAAGGAUUUAUUCUGUCUGUCUUCCUUCCCAGAUCGUGCUUCCUGCAGUGCCUCUGGGGAUCCACAUUAUAACACUUUUGACCACAAAGUUCAUAAUUUCAUGGGAAAUUGCUCUUACACCUUCUCAAGAUUGUGCAACAUCUCUCAGGGGCUUCCAUACUUUCAUGUGUCCACAACGAAUGAACACAGAGGUGGCAACACCAAAGUCUCUUACGUGAAGUCAGUGCAAGUGGAAGUCUAUGGCAAUCAGAUUUCUUUGCUGAAAAACAAGAAAGUGAAUGUGAAUGGCAGCAGAGUGAAUCUGCCAGUAUUUAUUGAAAGGAAGAUCAGUAUCCAAAGCAGUGGUGGAUAUGUUCUCCUGGAAACUGAUUUUGGACUGUGGGUUAGAUAUGAUGGAAACCACUAUGCAGAUGUUUCUGUGCCCUCUAAUUACAGUGGUCUGCUCUGUGGCCUUUGUGGUAAUUACAAUGGUGAUCCAAAUGAUGACAACAUAAAGCCCAAUGGUGAUACUGCAAGUAGUUCUACUGAUCUUGGACAAAGCUGGCUUGUCCCUGAGAAUAACACCAUGUACGUACAGGAAUCUAAUCACAUGGCAUUUGGUAAUAAAACUCCCAUUGUUCUGAGCUCACACUGGAAGCGCACAAAGCCUCCGGUACCAAUGACAACCAUAAAAUUCAUAGCUGCUUGGUCAAGACGUGUUGACCAUUCAGACAAUGCCAAUGUGUCCAUGAAGAUCUGA